AUGCUCGGCUUGUUCACUCCUCGGCCUCUGCACGGUCUGUCCCUCUCGUCUCUGUCUGCCGUUCGUAUCUCUAGUGUGCUCUCUUCGUCAUCGACUCGCCGGUUCCGCCACACUGCCAUCAUGUCGAACCUAUCCGUACAACUGACUGCUCCGAACGGGCGCUCCUAUACCCAGCCCAUCGGCCUCUUCAUCAACAAUGAGUUUGUGGCGUCCAAGUCCGGCGAGAAGAUCGCUUCCAUCAACCCCUCGGACGAAGCUGAAAUCACCUCGGUCUAUGCCGCCGGCGAGGAGGAUGUGAAUGCUGCCGUGGAAGCUGCGCGCAAGGCCCUGAAGGAUCCAUCCUGGAAGCAGCUUUCGGCCACGGAUCGUGGGGUCUUGAUGCUGAAGCUCGCCGAUCUGAUUGAGCAGCACAAGGAGACUCUCGCCACUAUUGAGACUUGGGACAACGGCAAGCCGUACCAGGUGUCGCUGAACGACGACCUGGGCGAGGUCACCAACACCCUCCGCUACUAUGCCGGCUGGGCCGACAAGGUCACGGGCCACACCAUUAGCACCACUCACCAGAAGUUUGCUUAUACCCUGCGCCAGCCCAUCGGUGUUGUGGGCCAGAUCAUCCCCUGGAACUUCCCGCUGGCAAUGGCCGCCUGGAAGCUCGGCCCGGCCCUCGCAUGCGGUAACACUAUCGUUAUGAAGGCUGCUGAGCAGACUCCUCUCAGCAUCCUCUACUUGGCCUCUCUGAUCAAGGAGGCUGGCUUCCCUCCCGGUGUCAUCAACAUCCUGAACGGCCAUGGCCGUGUGGCUGGCGCCGCCCUGGUGCAGCACCCCAAUGUUGACAAGGUUGCCUUCACUGGCUCGACCGCGACUGGCCGCGAGAUCAUGAAGAUGGCCGCUGGUACCCUGAAGAAUGUCACGCUUGAGACUGGCGGCAAGUCGCCUCUGCUGGUCUUUGAGGAUGCAGACCUCGAGCAGGCGGCCAAAUGGGCACACAUUGGUAUCAUGUACAACCAGGGUCAAGUUUGCACCUCAACCUCGCGAAUUCUGGUCCACGAGUCCGUGUACGAUAAGUUCGUCGAGCUCUUCAAGGAGGUCGUCAAGACCACCAGCAAGGUCGGCGAUCCCUUCGAGGACGAGACCUUCCAGGGCCCGCAGGUCACCAAGGCGCAGUACGACCGUGUGCUGUCGUACAUUGAGAGUGGCAAGUCCGAGGGCGCUACCCUGGCCGCUGGCGGUGAGCCGUACAAGAACGUCGGCGACGGCCGCGGCUUCUUCAUCUCCCCGACCAUCUUCACCAACGUCAAGGACAACAUGCGCAUCUACCGCGAGGAGGUGUUUGGCCCCUUCGUCGUCAUCGCCAGCUUCACCACCGAGGACGAGGCUGUCACCCGCGCUAACGACACUACCUACGGCCUCGGAGCGGCCCUGUUCACCCGCGACAUCGAGCGUGCCCACCGUGUCGCCUCUGAUAUCGAGGCCGGCAUGGUCUGGAUCAACAGCAGCAACGACAGCGACUUCCGCGUGCCGUUCGGCGGUGUGAAGCAGAGUGGUAUUGGCCGCGAGCUCGGCGAGGCUGGCCUGGACGCGUACUCGCAAGUCAAGGCUGUUCACGUCAACAUGGGCAGCCGCCUGUAA